CAGAGGCCUGACCUCUCCUGCAUACUCAUGACCCUUAAGUAUCUGCGAUCUUUAGAUAUGUAGGGCGUGCUGACAUUUCCACUUGCGGUGACAGCUGGGCCUGCCUGGGGGGAAGCGCAGAGCGGGCAAGUCAGCCCUCCCGGAGGCGCUGGGACAGGGUGCGGAGGCCGCAGCCGCGCCGCGAGGGCAGAUCGACAACCUCAGCUGCUGCCGCGGCUGUUGGGAUCGUCCCCUGAGGGGCAGCAACAGCGGGGCUCCGGCGGCUCAGGGGGGCGCCUUCUGCUUGCGCGCUCUGCGUCCCUCUCCGUGGUCGGCCCUUCGCCCCACAACCCCGGCCGAGGGUGGGGGCAGCGCGGGGUCGCAUCGGCCCGAGGAUAGCGUGGCUCGCCGUUCCGCUCGCAGCCAUGGAGGCCGCGCCGCCGGGCAGCUCCAGGCCCACGGAGCCGGGUCCUUGCCUGAGUGGUCAGCGCGGCGCGGACCACGCGGCUUCCGCCUCCCUGCAGAGCGCGGCCGGCACCGAGCCCGGGCGCCACCCGCUCGCCGUGGCAGCUGUGUUGCCUGCCGGGGGAUGCGGGGAGAGGAUGGGGGUCCCCACCCCGAAGCAAUUCUGCCCCAUCCUGGAGAGGCCGCUCAUCAGCUACACCCUGCAGGCCCUGGAGAGAGUAUGUUGGAUAAAGGACAUUGUUGUGGCAGUAACUGGAGAGAACAUGGAAGUAAUGAAAAGUAUUAUUCAGAAGUAUCAGCAUAAACGCAUCUCACUGGUUGAAGCUGGAGUGACCCGCCACAGGUCAAUUUUCAAUGGACUAAAAGCACUGGCAGAGGAUCAGAUCAACUCUAAACUCUCUAAGCCAGAAGUAGUGAUUAUCCAUGAUGCUGUGAGACCAUUUGUUGAGGAAGAUGUCCUUCUUAAAGUUGUCACAGCUGCUAAGGAACACGGGGCAGCAGGAGCCAUUCGACCUCUUGUAUCUACUGUCAUCAGUCCAUCUGCUGAUGGUUGCUUAGACUACUCGCUAGAACGUGCCAGACACAGAGCAAGUGAAAUGCCCCAAGCUUUUCUAUUUGAUGUGAUUUAUGAAGCAUAUCAGCAGUGUAGUGACUAUGACUUGGAAUUUGGAACUGAGUGUUUGCAAUUGGCCCUAAAAUACUGUUGCACUAAAGCCAAACUUGUAGAAGGAUCACCUGACCUCUGGAAGGUGACCUACAAACGAGAUCUCUAUGCGGCUGAAUCGAUUAUUAAGGAGAGAAUUUCCCAAGAGAUUUGUGUAGUUAUGGAUACAAAAGAAGAUAACAAACAUAUAGGUCAUCUUCUUGAAGAAGUGCUGAAAAGUGAAUUAAAUCAUGUAAAAGUCACAUCUGAGGCUCUGUGUCAUGCUGGCAGACAUCUUCAGCAAAUCAUCUUAGAUCAAUGCUACAAUUUUGUUUGUGUGAAUGUUAUGACCUCUGAUUUUCAAGAAACCCAGAAGUUACUGAGCAUGCUUGAAGAGAGUAAUCUUUGCAUUUUAUAUCCUGUUGUUGUUGUUUCAUUCCGCGUGGCUGGGGAGGCUUCAGGAAACUUACAAUCAUGGUGGAAGGAGAAGCAGGCACCGUCUUCAAAAGGCGACAAGUGAGAGAAGAAUGAAGGAGGAACUUCCAAACACUUACAAAACCAUCAGAUCUCAGGAGAACUCACUAUCACGAGAACAGCAUGGGGGAAACCACCCCCAUGUUUCAAUCACCUCCCUCCCUUGACACAUCAGGAUUAUAGGUCCUGCCUUUGACAUGUGGGAAUUACAAUUUGAAAUGAGAUUUGGGUGGGAACACAGACCCAAACCAUUUAGAGACUGGUGGUGAUAUUGAUUACUUGAAGUAAAAUAGAUUUCAGCGUUAAGUGGCCUGAAAUUGUCGUGUGGGUCAUAUUAUAAAUGUUCUGUUCUUAAUGAAUCUGUGUAUGUUAGUAUGACAUUAUGAUUCUAUGCAGUCUUUUAACUGUGAGCUUUUAGAAAUACUUGCCUGAUAACACCACACCUUAUACUAAGAGAAUAUCCCUACUCAGGUGAAAUUUUUUUUUUUAUUAGAGACUGGUCAGCAUAACGGAAUUUUAUAAGUUUAGAUCCCUUAUGUCUUAAGAAGAAAAAUCUAAUGCUACAAACCAUCACUUUCUUUUGUAAAAAUAAAAUUCUUUCAAAAUUAUGUUUGAAACUUUUUUCAUAUGUGAUUUUUCUAAAUGCUUCGUCUAUACUCUGUUGUCGAGGAGCUCAAUUUUUGCCCUGAUUUGACUGAAGUUAUUGUUAGCCUUCUGUUCCUUGCAUUUACGGGGGUGUCUCGUAUUGCUACCACCUCUGUCAGAUUGCAUCUUUCAAAAAGGAUUUUCUAAAAGUUUUUUGGGUGGUGACCUGUCACAAAAGAUAUGAUAUGAACAUGGGACAUAUCCAGUUCUCUGUUUUCUUCUCUUAUGUGUUUUUGUUCAUUAAGUAAUCAUGAAAACAUUCUUAGAAAAAGGAAGUAAUAUAGUAAAUGUGUUGCAGUACUAAAAGGUAAAUUCAUAAAAUUUCUCAGGUAAAAAUCACUUUAAAAAGAUUAGAUUUGGCCGGGCGCGGUGGCUCAAGCCUGUAAUCCCAACAUUUUGGGAGGCAGAGGCGGGCAGAUCAUGAGGUCAGGAGAUUGAGACCAUCUUGGCUAACAUGGUAAAAUCCCAUCUCUACUAAAAAUACAAAAAAUUAGCCGGGUGUGUUGGCAGGUGCCUGUAGUCCCAUCCCAGCUACUCUGGAGGCAGAGGCAGAAGAAUCGCUGGAACCUGGGAGGCAGUGAACCGAGAUCGCACCACUGCAUUCCAGCCUGGGCGACAAAGCGAGACUCUAUCUCCCCCACCCCAAAAAAAAAAAAAAAAAAAAAAAAAAGAAAAAGAAAAAGAAUAGAUUUUUACCUACAUUAAACAAGAUUUACAGGCAGUAAGAAUCUGAACUGUAGGCUGAGUUCCUUGCUUACAAGUUAGUGAUCAGAGAGCUGUUUUUUUACCCAGUGAUAAAGGAGAUUUCAGGAGAAAAAACGAACUGUAUAUGUUUUUUAGCAGUAUUAUGUAAAACCACAAAUAAUACCUUCCCACAUCCAAAAAGUAAAAUAAAGUUCCUCAUGUAUUUGAUUCUGUCAAGGUUUUCCCAAAAUAUCUUUUUCUACUAUUAGAUAAAAUAGUGGACAAUAUUUUGUUAUUUAAAGCUUUUUUAAAGAAACACAGCAAGUUCACAUAAUAGGUACCAAAUAAGUGUUUAAUUGUUAAAAGUGGGAAGAAAUUGGCAACAAAUCUAAGUUCAAAAUAUAAAGCAAACUCUUUAAUUUUACUCGAUAAAAUAGUUAAUCGCAUUUUCCAUAGCAAAAGUUUUACUGUAGUUAUCUAGAUAAUUACAUGAGAGCUUUGCUUUUCUCUGCUUGUAUAUACAAUGAUUUUAUUGGUGUUUUAUGAGAGUUAAAAAUCUCAUGAAUUUACUUUAGCUAAAAGCAUAAAUUACCAAGGGAAAUUUUAAUACUGUGAGAAACAUAACCUUCAAAAGUAUUGAAUUGAGUUCUAGUUAUUAGGAAGUAGUUUAUUGACAUUACAAUAAAUUAUCUUUAAAAUACUUGAAAAUAUUUAGUAUUUGAACAUGUCAGCAAAUUAAAAAAAGAAAAGAAAAGAAAGUCACCAUCCAUUUACAUUUGAUAUUUUCACAUCUGGAGAAACUGUCACAGAUGUAAAUUGUUUCCAGAAUGUUCCAAAGCUCACCAGUGGCAGAGCCAGCAACUGAAUCAAUCUAGUGUAUUACUGUGUAUCAUAUAUACCUGUUAUUUUUAUGUUCUCAUGAAUGUACUAAGUAAUAGCAUGGAAAAAGUAGAAAUAUACACACAUAUAUGUGUUUAAUAUUCCUUCUUAAUAAAAAAUGACAAUUUAAAAAACAUAGUGAUUCCUUUUGUGUGCUAAUGGCUUCUUACUUUAGCUUCAUAGAGGGUAUUGAGCCUUACUGGAUUUGUUAUAAAAAUCGAUGAUGCUGUUAAAUUUAAUACGGGAUCCCAGACAUAUCUUUGUCAUCUUUUACUUAACUGCUUGUUCUUCUGUUAACUAUUAUUACUAGACUAAGAAAAUGUGUUUUCAAGGCACAAGUUCAUAUCAAACAAAAGAGCUGGCUAUUUUAGUUCUCACUGCAUCCGUACUGGGUCUACUUUUUAUCAUCUGUUUCAGGUCCCUGAUAGUUUACAUUUUUAAAUGAAUAGUGUGUGUGUGUGUGUGUGUAUGUGUGUGUAUGUGUGUAAUAACCAAUGAUUGACUUUAAGAGCAGGCCAGUCCAAAUCCCUGUUCCAUUCCUGUCUCAACCUUAUUGCUACUGUAGCCUUAUGGAUUCUUUCAUUUUUUUUUUAAUCAGAAAAACUAUAGCUUUAUUAUAUACUGAAUUUUUAUGUUGGCACUGAAGAGAUAUUAAAAUUUUCUCUUUCAUAGUUGUACACUGCUCCAGUGGCAGAAAUACAAUUACUUGUAUAAAUUCUAUAAAUUUUUUCAUGCGUUUUCUGCUAAUGUAGUAAGUCUCAGGUAUUUCCUGCCUAAAUCAAUAAGAAAACCUAAAUAAAUACUGGUUAAAAAUACCUUUGGAACCUUUAUCUAGUUGAGGUCAUGAAUGGAUUCAUUUCUAACACAAAAAUGAGGAAUGAUGAAAUCAUUCUAGUAGGAGAUGUUGAAUAGAAAGAAUUGACGGUGUUGUUAUAAGUUUUAGGAGAUCUUUGCUUAUGACUAAAUGAUUAAUGGAAAGUUUGUGUUAUGGGAUAUAGAAUACUCCCUGAGAUUAGUUGUGAUGGACAUGUGACUGAUGUAUAAAGAAAUGAUUCUCAUAGGGCAUACCUCGCUAGUAUUCAUUCUUUUAAUGGUAAGUUAUUUUCAGAUAGAAUGGAAUUCUGAAGCAAUGUGUGAAUAAAAUGAAUUCCAGAGGACUUUGUCUAAGUUUUAUGAGUGAAUUUUUCUUGAUUAACCACAGGGUUUGGUAUUGCUAUUUAUUUCCCUAUUUUAAGUAGUUUUGUCAAGUUGGUCAGAUGACUGAGAUUGGCAAGAUUUUGAAUUUAUUUUCCAGUGCUAUUCUAGUAAAUCAGUUUAUAACAUUUAAGAUGAAAUGCACAGGAGGCAAAAUAAAUGAAACUAGACUUUAUUAGGCAUUUCACAUUGAUUGUAGCCCUAGGUAAGAAAUUUGAACAAUUUAUGUGGUCAUUCAGUUUUUUUAAAAGAUGCCUGGCAACUUCUCUCACUAGUUUUUUGGGGUUUUUUUGUUUUUUUGUUUUUUUUUUUGCUAUUGACUUCUAUUUAAAUAAUGGAAAUAGACUUUAGCUUUAAUUCUUAUAUGCUAUUUCUUUACAAAGAUGGAACCAAAUAUUUUCAAUAUCAUUUAUUAAAGUUAACGGUUAUAUUUUGUAAUUAAUACCUAAAAUUAAUACAAUUUAAGUAUGCCUUUUAAUAUGGCUUUGUUAUUAUAAUAUUUAAAAGAGCAUUACUUCAUGUAUAAAUGUAACUUGUAAAAUGAGCAUGGUAAGGAUACCGAAUCUAGAGUUAAGAUUUAAGGCACAAGUACUAGGUCUUCAAAUAACAAGUGUCUCUUAACCUGUCCAAGUUACUUAAUGUUUUUGAACUUUAGUUCAAAAUCCUGAUCUGUAAACAGAGUGGGAUGCCUUUGAUGGCAUCUAAAUGGCUUGCUUUUUUUUUUUUUUUUUUGAGACAGUCUUGCUCUGUGGCUCAGGCUGGAGUGCAGUGGCAUGAUCUCAGUUCACUGCAACCUCUGCCUCACGGUUCAAGCAAUUCUCCUGCCUCCACCUCCUGAGUAGCUGGGAUUACAGUCACCUGCCACCACGCCUGGCUAAUUUUUUGUAUUUUUAGUAGAGACGGGGUUUCACCAUGUUGGCCAGGCUGGUCUCAAACUCCUGACUUCAAGUUACCCACCCACCUUGGCCUCCCAGAGUGCUGGGAUUACAGGCAUGAGCCACUGUGCCUGGCCCUAAAUGGCUUCUUUUUCUAAAAAUAUUUUCUAUGCUAGAACAUGCUGUGAAGUCUUUUUGCUUUCAUAUGCUCUUGUGCAUGUGUAGAUUUAAUGUGUAGAUUUAGCAGAAUAAUUCAGGUUUUAACAGUCAUGUUAAACAUGAGUCAGGUGAUAUGGUAUUCCUAUUUCAAGCCAUUUUUGAGACCUUCUGUGUUAAUUCUUAUCACAAGACUCAUAGGUUAUUUUGAUGUUUUCUCUUGUAUUUGUCCAUUUCUUAUCCUCCUUUUUUUAUGUCCAAUUUUUACAGAUUAAGUCUAAAUUUUCCCUUUUUGUGUUUCAUUUUUUCUCUCUGCUUAAUAACUGCUAAAAAAUAUUUUUUCACCAGUGAAUCUAUCCUUUCGUGUCUAUCCAAGCCCUUCCAUCUGAGAAUGACUCCAUAGUGAGUAAUGCUCACACUAUUUCUUCCUACCAAUUCAUUUUAAACUUAUUUUGUAUAUACUAUCCAGUUAGCACUUGGCAGGGAAUGAUCUUAUUCUCUCCCUUACCUAAUAGAUUAUUUAAUAUGGAUUCACAUAGUAUUGAUUUAAUGUCUGUGCGAUAGAUAUUUUGGCCUACAUGGAGCUUAUUUGAUAAUAUAAUCUUUUUUAAAAAAAGCAUCUUAAUUUAGAUUACUGAAAUAUUCUAUAUAAGCUAAUUUUCCAGGUUAUUAUAUAUUAAGGAAAUAAUUGUAUUGGUCUGUUUUUUCUAAAAUAAGGAUUCAUAAUAAGAGUUUACUUAAAAUGACCAGAGUUAGCCAGGAAAGUACUUUAGUGACUGGGAGUUGACAAAAUCCCUGGUCCCUUUCCCUUCUAUCUACCACCUAAGGUUUGAGAAAUUUAGCCAGGUGUGCUUGAGAAAGAGGCAAUUUAGCCUGGAGAAGUCGUCUUAAGGAUGUGAGAGGAAGCCAAGAUUUGGAAGACUGAGCAGGGUCCAACUCUGUGAGGAGUGAGAGGACUGGCAUUUCUAUAUGGACAAAGAAGCACAUAGAGUGGUUGGAAUUAGAAGGAGCCACUGAGUGCGUCUGAAACUGAAGGAAUGGCAGAUUGUAAAGUGUUGAGUUUGAGCUGGGCCUUCUAAGUUUAAAGUCUAUAAAGCAGCACUGCCUAGUAUUAAUUGAUGUGAUCAGAUUUCCAUUUUAUACAUCCUGGAUACAGGACAGAAAGUAGAUUAAAAUAAGCAGAAAAAUUUGUGGUUUAGUUGGGAGGCUGCUGCAGUAUAAUAGUACAAGAAAUAAUAGUGGUAGUGAGGACUAGGUUAGUGUAUUGGACUGAAUGUUUGUGUCCCCUCAAAAUUUAUGUGGUGAAAUCUUUACCCUCAUAAUGAUGGUAUUAGGAGGUGGGUCCUUUGGGAGGUGAUUAGAUCUUGAGAGUAGAGCCCUCAUGAAUGAGAUUAAUGCCAUUUUAAGAAGAGUCAGAGUUUGUUCUCACCACCUGAGGACACAAUGAGAAGUUGGCAGUCUGCAAGCUGGAAGACGGCCCUCAUGAGUACCUGAUGAUGC